AUGAACGCUUUAAGCCCUCAAGUCACCAACUUGGUGAUCAUCCUCGGGAUGAUGCAAGUCUCCAAAAGAAUUCCAUUCGACGAUCCCCAAGUUCUGCUGGGAGUGCGCAUCCUCUAUGUUACGUCGAACCUCAUCAUCUUCGGCCUUUACUAUUACAUUAGCUUGAAGAUCAAAGCUAAGAGAGAUUUGACGACACUCAAGUACGUGGAGCCUGCGCCCAUGGGUUCGGGUGAAGAACCGAAACUCGUUACCACAACCAUUCAAGAAUACGACCAGAGCCAGGUUUCUGCUGCCUACAAGGCCCAAUUGAUGGGAGCGGGCAUGAUGGCGUUCAUGCAUUUGUACCUGAAGUACACGAAUCCUCUGCUCAUCCAGUCCAUCAUCCCGGUCAAGGGCGCUUUGGAGAGCAACUUGUUCAAAGUCUACAUUCUUGGUAAACCCGCCGUCGGUGAGCUCAAACGACCAUGGAAGGCUUCGGGUGGCAUGAUGGGCAUGGGCCAAGGCGAGACCAAGACCGACAAGGCUAGCAUCGAGGCUGCUGAACGAUCUGGACGAGGCGGAGCCAAGGAAGAAUAA